CUGUAGGUGGUGGAUCUCUAUCUCACGGAAUCACUGCAUUAUUUGUGUGCUUUCACGAGCGGGCGCUGACUUCACAGAGUCAGUGAAUUGUUAUAUUUGGUAUUAUCAUAAUAAAGUUUUACGUGUACUUUCUCUUGAAUACAGGGCUAUUCCCCCUCGUAUUUAAAUACACCACCGUAAAGUAUUCAGGCUCGUCAGCUGUGUGUUGAGGUGAAGUGUGAAUUCUAAAUAAUCUACCGGAGCUUGUUUCUAUUCAAGUUUCAUGGAAGCUGUAGGAAUAACCUGAAAAUGUCCUCAUGACUCAACCCGGCCUCUCAGCUUCUGCAAAAAAAAAAAAAAAAAAAAAACCCUCAUGUAUCUGUGAAAAGUUUGAGUCUCCCCCUCCCCCACCUCCACAUGGUAGCUGAUGCAUGAAGUGAGAGCAGGAGGAGAGGAAGAGGAAGGAGGAGAAGAAGAAGAAGAAGAAGAAGAAGAAGAAGAAGAGAGGGCCUCACUUUGAAGGUGCUGCAGCAUUACAUAUGAAACAGAGCUGUUGUGUAGCCCGAGGCCUCGAACUACACACAGUGAGUGUGUACAGGUUCCUAAAAGUCUGGACAACGUAUAGAGCUUUGUUGCUCCGCCUUCACUGAACAAUGCCGACUCACUUGCUGCUGCCGUUAAUGGAGAGCCCAGAUGGACUUGCCCAAGAUAUUCUGAUUGGUAACAAUGCAAGCAUCCCUGGCUCCAGCAUGACACCGCACACCAUCAGCUCAGAAAAGGCAGCGUUUCAUUUUGCAGGAAGCUCGUCGCUGUCUUGUAUGUUCUGUGAUGAUACUUUCACUCAUCAGGAUGAGCUCGGACCCCACGUAUUAACCCAGCACCCCACCACUUUCUCUGAGCCCACUGUGCUCCGAGUUGAAGCUGAAUUCAGGAUCCCAGGAGAGAGAGGCCGACCCAAACCAAGCAGCCUCCCUAAUGAAAAAGAGGAGGUCCACAGCUGUAUCGUCUGUGGCCAGGUGUCACAAGAUGCCAGCGAGCUAGAGGCUCACAUGAGGAAGCACAAGGACUACUUCACUUACUGUUGUAAUGUCUGUGGGCGGCGUUUUCGAGAGCCGUGGUUUCUUAAGAACCACAUGAAGAUGCAUGCUAAACCCGGAGCAAAGAGCAAGGCCCAGCAGGACCUGGAGACCCCGGCUACAGUCAAUGACGUAGUCCAAGACCCUGCUUCAGAGCAGGUAGUCACUGUUUACAAAAUGUGCAUGGUUUGUGGGUUUUUCUUCCCCGACCAUGACAGUUUGGUUGAACAUAGUAAAGUACAUAAUAGAGAGGUGGAGCAUGGCAAAGAUAAAGACAAGGAAAACGUGGAUGCCACAACUGAAUCCCUCACCACACAGGAAACGUUUCUUCGCAGUCUGAACCUUCGGCCUCAUUCUGCAGGAAAUAGUUUGCAAAAUGAGCGAUCAUCAAAAUGGAUUCCGCAGUUAGAUCCCUUCAACACCUAUCAGGCCUGGCAGCUUGCUACAAAGGGCAAGAUAGCAGUGGGUCCAAAUAAUACUAAAGAUAUUGGCCAGGAAGCCAGCACAGACAACGAGGACUGCAACUCUGAUAAGGAGGAGUUGAAUAAUAUUUGGUCUGAAGGCCAAGGAGACAAGGCUGCGAAAGAGGUCCUUGGGAGAGAGCUGCGGUCUCAGCAGCAGAGUGUAGCAGAAAGCCCAGCGCCACGGCGGAGGUCUCUCAUGCAAAAAGAUAAGGACAAAGAGAGGCCAACCACUUGUGAGGAAUGUCAGAGGACCUUCAGGACGUAUCACCAGUUAGUUCUUCACUCCAGGGUGCACAAGCGUGAGCGAGGCGGCGAGGAGAGCCCCACUUCCUCCAUGGAGGGGAAGUUGUCACGAGUGGGCUCACUGGAGCACGCAGAGGAAGGAUCAGAGGAGGGCGCCGAGGAAGCAGCAUUAACAGAAAACCUGGGUGAAGACGGGUUUGAUCGAUCAAAAGUCAAAUCAAAAGAAUGCAGUUACUGUGGCAAAUCAUUCCGAUCGAGCUAUUACCUCACAGUUCACCUCAGGACCCACACAGGUGAAAAACCAUUUAAGUGUAAUUACUGUGACUACGCUGCAGCCCAGAAGACGUCACUGAAGUAUCACCUGGAACGUCGUCACAAGAACAAACCCGACGUGGAGAUCACCGGCAGACCUGUGCCUUCAGUGCCCUCUCCCACUGAUGGAGAACACAGAAAUGGCAGCAGGAGUCCCGCCCGGAAUCGAACCAAACUCUGGGUUCCGAGCACCGCAGCAAAACCGGAGGACAAAUAUGAGAGCGUAGUUAGCAAACUUGGAAAACCACUCGCUCAGAUGAACGAGUACGAGAAAUUAAUUGCGAAGUCUGCCUCCUCGCCGAGUGAUGACGUGCUCAUAAAGGUCCCUCUACCUGUCAACAUGAAGAUGGAAAGAGAAGAUAUAAAAGAUGAAAACUCAGAGGCCCCAUUGAACCUGUCCUUAAGAGUGUCUCUCUCCAUCCCUGCUAGUGUAGAAACCAGAAAUGCAUUAAAUCCAAUUACCUGUGCGUUCUGUGCGUAUAAAACCAUGUACCCCGAGGUUCUGAUUAUGCACAAAAGGCUGAGUCAUAAGGACAAAUCAGACAGCGCAAAGAAGAGUGGAUUUGGAGGCAGUGUGAAACAAAAGCGUUACACAGGCUGCCCCCCCGCACUCGAUGGCAAAGACGUCGGCCCACUUCCGCCGAUUGACAGGCGCCACCCUCGUCGAACCAAAUCUCCUCCCCGCCAACCGGCAAAACCACAAGAGAAGACGCCGCCUGUUAACCAACCUCAAGGUCUGAAGCCCCCCCCUGUCCUCGCACCCCUAAACAAUGUUGUCCAGGAGGCUCAGCGCUAUAGAAAGAAUUCUGACUCACACCCCAGUCAGGAAUCCUCCAGGUUUCCAGAGCACAUGAGGAAACCCACCGCAGGCAGCAAGCAUGCGAUGGACCGACCGGGCCCCCCGGACAGAGUGGGAAUCGCGGAGAGGAGUUACCCGGCGCGGAGUGACGCCAUUUGGCACUCGGAAGCUGCCAGGCUGUGCCUUUCCAGCCGAUUUGGGAGCCUCCCCCAGAUGGAUUUUGGUGAAUCUUCCAACAAGAGACUGAAAUACUCGGUACCCACCGGCAGGGAGGCGGACAUCGGCGAGAAGCCUGGCUUCAGAGCGCCACUAGGGGACGCAUCCAGCAGGGUGAUCAUCUCAGGGAGAGGUGUGAGAACCAUGGCUCCAUCCACGGAGACGCUGGGUCCUGUGAAGAACACAGCGUCCGCUAUGGGAGGAGGUUUGGACACUGAGUGGAGCAUGAUGAACCUCCUUCGCCCCUACACCCCCAACGAACUGGCCUCUCUCUAUCACAGCUCGCCAGCGAACCCCAGUCACGGAGGACUGGCCAACCAGAGAGCAGGGGGCAGAACGGUGCUGUACCAACACUUACCCACUCUGCCCAUCCUGCAGAGACGAGACCCCUCAGGCCCGUUCCCUCAUCAACGCUACGGGGCUUCUGACAAAAGUACCUAAAGUGGCUCCAAAGGUAAAAGGUUGAAGAAUAUGUUGAAACUAUUUUUGGGGAUCUUUGAAAAGUUUAACCAGGUAAAUGAAUCAAGUCAUGAUUGAAAAACUUUCUGUCUCUCUUUAGAUUGAACUGUGCUGCUACCUUAUUUUGGAGAGAAUUUGUUCAAUGUACAGAUUUAAGAAGAGACGUCUGUGCUCAGAAAGUGUCUCCACCCCCUUAAUUUAAUAUUUUUUCAAUAGCAGGACAUUUAUGUUGUGUUGACAUUUCAGGGCUCGGGCGUUUUAGUUUUUCUUUUUUUUUUCUUUUUGAACGAAAACGUGCAGAGUAUCUCUCUUUAAACUUAUUAUUCCACUGGUGUGCACUGUGAUAUUUUCUUUCUCUGAAAUGUUUUUGACCCACACUAAAGUCCAGAUACCUGUAAGUGUCUAUGACACAACAGUAAAAUGCGUAUGUGGGAUAACGUUGGUGUAUCUGUAGGCUAUCAGCAUGGCAAAUUGUAUUAAGUAAAAACCUAAGAAGAAAGAUUUGUGUGAAGAAUUGCUGCUCAGUUUACUAACUGUCGACGUCCAAGCAGUAAUUAAGCACUAUUCUGUUUUUUGUUUCCUUUCCCAAAGCACUGGCGGGUGGGGGAUUUUCUGUCGAAUAACUUGAUGGCUUCGGCCCAGUGGUUUACAAACAGGCCAGAGUAACGAGUCCGUCUGUGUUUGCUGAAGUGGUCUACCUCACAUUGUGCUCCCCACACUGUUGUUCUUGUUAAGCUGCUGUCGCGGUCACAUCAGCUGGAGCUCCGCGUCUCGUCUGUUGACUCGAUGGACACGAAUUUGUCGCGCAUCACAGUAUUUGUAAAACCUGAGAUUGUCUGGUAACGAAGAGCAGCUACUACUGAGACCAUGUCGACCAACGGCACACGAGUAACUGGUCUCCUUCGAUACGCUUGAUAUUUAUGAGCCCAGUGUAAAACACAGAACAGGUAUUGAGGUUAUUGUUUAUCCUUUUUUGAAAUGGCAAAUGUCUCUCAGCUGCUUUAGCGUUGCCUCAAAGUAUGAGCUGCAAAAUGAACCAGACCUCAUGGAUUUCUGUUUGUGUGUUAAAUAGUCGUGCUGUAUUUUCUUGGGCUGCCUUGGCGUCUGGAAAGUGGUGCUUUGUUUCAAGGGACAGCGUCAGCUCGAGCCGAACGAGGCCUUUUUUUUUUUACAUGUGUGACUGUGGAUUUGGGAAAAACAUGAAACCAGUGACGCUGGCUCAAUGUAAACACUGUGAACAAAACAGUCUCAGGUUAUUAUCUGUUGUGUUAUUUAGUAUUUCUGCCACAAUGAAAGGCUUUGGUUAAGUUAUUUGUUUUGGUAUUCACAUUACAUGUGUACUUAUAUAAAAAUGAAAAUAUUGUUUGAGAUUUGUAUGACACAUUUCAAUAAUAAAGUGACAUGCGAAGA